AUGCGGAGACAACUGAGGGUGAGCCAGAGCGGUAGUAGGUCAACAGCAAACUCGAGCGUCAUGUCGAGCAAAAAAUAACGAGCCCACGAGUUCAAGUACUCGUAGUGAAGCGUAAAACAUAAAAUAGUUGGGGAGAAGAUGUGAAGGCAUACGGGAUGGCAGUUGACGGGGCAAAUACAGAAGCAGCGGAAAUUUUUGUUGACAGCUAACGCAAGCCGUCGGAGCCUGUGGCUUUUAGCUAGCUACCGCCGCGAGCCCGUCGCGUACCCCGGUGGACUGUGCGCGUCGGUCUACAAAACCGACCGACCCACGUUGAGUAAGGAAAACUCAGAGCAGCCGCGGCGCAUCGGGAGAAGACAGGCAGAGUGGAUGUUUUUUUCAAGCAGCACAUGGCCUGUAUUCUGCUGACAGACAUGGACCCACCCACCUCUGGUCCCACACCACAUCAAAAUGGCCUCUGCCCCCACCUCGACCCAGCUGCAGGGACCGACCCCAAGCAGGAAGCCACGGAUGCCACCUGCCUCACUGUCCACCUUUACAACUUAGGGAAGGAUGGAGGGGGGGGCGGGGCCAAAGGUUCAGAAAGUGUGCUCACGUUUCCACCUGGGGAGUACGUGGCAGAGGAGCUCUGCAUCUGUGCAGCGAAAGCUUGUGGGAUUGCUCCAGUGUACUGCAACUUGUUUGGCCUGAUGAGGGAAAGUGACCGGAUAUGGUUCCCUCCUAAUCACAUCUUUAAACUGCACCAGUCAGCCAGUGAGAACCUGCAUUUUAGAAUCAGGUACUAUUUUCCUGGUUGGUAUAACAACAGCAAUUCAUUCUAUGCUCAUCGCUAUGGUGUGUCCAAGGGGACGGAGAGCCCUGUGAUGGAUGACUGUGUAAUGGCAUACCAGUUUUUUCAGUGGCGCAGUGACUUUCUCAAUGGCUGGGUUCAAAUCCCGGUGAGCCAUGAGUGCCAGGAGGAGUGUCUGGGCAUGGCAGUGCUGGACAUGAUGAGGCUCGCUAAAGAGAGCGGUCAGUCACCUGUGGACAUCUACAAUGACACCAGCUACAAAUCCUUCCUGCCAAGAUGCAUGCAAAGCCGCAUCCAGGAAUAUAACAUCUUGACAAGGAAGAGAAUCCGUUUUCGCUUCAAGAGGUUCAUCCAGCAGUUCAGCGAAUGCAAGGCCACGGUGUGUAACCUCAAGCUCAAAUACCUGAUGAGCCUGGAGAUGCUGCUGCCCUCCCUCUACUCUGAGCGCUUCCAAGUCACCGACCUCUCCGCACGCGAGGUUACCAUUGUCGUCAUGGGCAACAAGGGCAUCCAGUGGUCAAAAGGGGAACUGGAGGAGGGAGCAGAGGAGGAGCUACAGACAUACUGUGACUUCCCAGAGGUGAUUGACAUCAGCAUCAAACAGGCCAAUAAGGAAGGCUCUGCAGAGAGUCGCAUAGUUACCCUCACCAGACAGGACAGCCAGAUCCUGGAACUGGAGUUUCAUUCCCUAUCAGAGGCUCUGUCGUUUGUAUCAUUAGUCGACGGAUAUUACAGGCUGGUUGCAGAUGCCCAUCAUUACCUGUGUAAAGAGGUGGCUCCGCCAAGACUGCUGGAGUGCAUUCAGAGCUACUAUCAUGGCCCUGUGUCGAUGGAGUUUACGAUCGGUAAGCUGCGCCGCUCCGGUAACCAUCAAGGCUUGUACAUCCUUCGCUGCAGCCCAAGGGACUACGACAAAUACUUCAUGUCCUUUGUAGUGGGGUAUGAAACUAUGGUGGACUACAAGCACUGCCAGAUCAUGAAGACAGAGUCGGGAGAGUACAUCCUGAGCGGAGCUAAGAGGAGCUUCGGCUCUCUGAGGGAACUUCUGCACUGCUAUCAAAAGGAGGCGCUGCGCACAGAUGGGUACACGUUUCAGCUCACCAGGUGCUGCCCACCCAGCCCCAAAGAUAAAUCCAACCUGCUGGUGUGCAGAAAUAAUCAAGGGGCAGAGGUCCCUCUGUCCCCCUCCCUCCACAAACACAUCAACCAGAUGGUCUUCCACAAGAUCCAAAAAGAGGAUCUCAUCAUCAAUGAGAGUCUGGGCCAAGGAACCUUCACCAAGAUCUUCUGCGGUGUGAGGAAAGAGUUGGGAGACUAUGGAGAGAUACACCAGAUUGAUGUUGUUAUCAAGAUCCUGGACAAGGCUCACCGCAAUUACUCCGAGUCGUUCUUUGAAGCAGCCAGCAUGAUGAGCCAGCUCUCCCACAAGCACUUACUCCUCAACUACGGUGUGUGUGUCUGUGGCGAUGAGAACAUGAUGGUGCAGGAGUACGGUAAAUUUGGUUCUCUGGACACCUACCUGAAAAAGAAUAAAAGCUGUGUCAACAUCACAUGGAAGCUAGAAGUGGCCAAGCAGCUAGCCUGGGCUAUGCACUACCUGGAGGAUAAGAAUCUCAUUCAUGGAAACGUCUGUGCCAAAAAUGUUCUUCUGAUCAGAGAGGAGGAUCGGAAGACAGGCAGCCUGCCCUUCAUCAAGCUCAGCGACCCUGGUAUCAGCAUCACUGUGCUGCCCAGAGAAGUCCUGGUGGAGCGUAUCCCAUGGGUGCCCCCUGAGUGCAUUGAAAAUCCCCAAAACCUAAGUUUAGCAGCAGACAAGUGGGGCUUUGGGACUACCCUCUGGGAGAUCUGCAGCGGUGGAGACAAACCACUCAGCACUCUGGAUUGCUCCAAGAAGAACUUGUUCUAUGAGGACAGGCACCAGCUGCCAGCUCCCAAAUGGACAGAGCUGGCCAAUCUGAUAAACAGCUGUAUGGACUACGAGCCCUUACACCGCCCAUCCUUCAGAGCGGUUAUCAGAGAUCUCAACAGUCUCUUCACACCAGACUACGAGCUGCUGGUGGAGAGCGACAUGGUGCCCAACAGGACAAGAGGCUUUGGCUUCCCGUGGGCCUCUGAGAGCCAGGAGCCUGCCCAGUUUGAGGAGAGGCACCUCAUCUUUCUCAAGCAGCUGGGCAAAGGCAACUUUGGCAGUGUGGAGAUGUGCAGGUAUGACCCCCUGCAGGACAGCACAGGGGAGGUGGUGGCGGUGAAGAAACUACAACACAGCACGGCUGAGCACCUCAGGGACUUUGAGCGGGAAAUUGAGAUCCUCAGAUCCCUCCAGCAUGAAAACAUCGUCAAAUACAAAGGUGUCUGCUACAGUGCAGGACGAAGGAACCUGCGGCUGAUCAUGGAAUAUCUCCCCUUCGGCAGCUUGAGAGAUUAUCUAAUCAAACACAAGGACCACUUUGAUUCCAUGAAACUGCUGCACUAUGCGUCACAGAUUUGCAAGGGUAUGGACUACCUUGCCACAAAGCGUUACAUCCACAGAGACCUGGCUACUCGAAACAUUUUGGUGGAGAGCGAGAUGAGAGUGAAGAUCGGCGAUUUUGGCCUGACCAAGGUGCUGCCGCAGGAUAAAGAGUACUACACUGUCAGAGAGCCUGGGGAAAGUCCCAUCUUUUGGUAUGCUCCAGAGUCACUGACAGAGAGCAAGUUCUCUGUGGCAUCAGACGUUUGGAGUUUCGGUGUUGUCCUCUACGAACUCUUCACUUACAGUGACAAGAACUGCAGCCCACCAGCGGUGUUUAUGGACAAGAUGGGAAAUGAAAAGCAAGGCCAGAUGAUCGUCUACCACCUGAUAGACCUGCUGAAACAAGGAUACAGGUUGCCUGCCCCUGAUAAUUGUCCAAAGGAGAUUCACAAGAUCAUGACAGAGUGCUGGAGCAGUGACCCGAAACUGCGGCCUACUUUCAAGACAUUAAUCCACAGUGUGGAGACUGUACGAGACAUCAAGGAUGGAUGAGCGUCAUUCAUCCCUGAACCUUUGAACUUUAGGUGUUAACUCCUCAGGGAGACAGUCCUCACAGAUCUUAACAGAACAAUGAAUGUCUCUGCGAUGUCUGGGUUUACUGCAGCAAUCCAGUCACUUGUCUGAAGUAUACUUUUUUUUUUCUUUUGGUGCUCUGCCUGCCUGUCAGCUUAAUUAACAUUUACUCAAAUGAAGAUGCUGGGGUGAUGGCAAUCAUUUUCAUAGCACAGUAUACCGACUUCUUUCUACAGCCGCAUAAAAUGUACCAAUGAUCAGAUUGAUUCCUACACUACAUCUGACUCAGACACCAGAUAUACGAUCAUUUCUGAUGCCUUCAAGAACAUUUCAUCAUGGGAUAAAUUAUUUUCUGUCUUAUUUGUACAUGUUGUGUUUUACCAGUUGAAUUUGACAAUAGUCGUUGACUGCAGAAAAGAGAUACUUAUGUCUUAAGGAGAUACUAUGAAUCAAAGAUUUUCUGUACUUAAAGUAACUUGCAUUGAAUGUUUAAGCCUUAAAAUUAAUACCAGUACCAUAAAUGUAUAAAUCACCAACAAGCAGCAUUUUGUUGAUAUACUGUCCUGAUUUUGUACUUAUUUUGUUUAACCAAAGAGACCAUGGGAUUCUUAACGGACUGUUAAAUGCCAGCACCUGAAACCAACAAUGAACCUUGGAUCAUUUUCACAACACUGAGCCAAAUCCACCUGAACUGAACCUCACUGCACUUCUCAUGGAUGGCUGUACUGUUACAAACGCUGGGGCUGCACAGGUUUCCUCCUGCUGUCGCCCAGAUAAGACUCUUGCUCGAUACUUUUUUAAGACUGAUAAAGGACAGUUGGUAAAUCCAAAGCACCAUCUGUAUUUGUGUCCUAAGAUGACCCACCAUGAAGAUCUCUACACGUGGUCUUCAAGUCAGAUUUGUGCUGUCACAGUGGGGCUUGUGUUUUAUAGACAUUGCACAUUGAGGAUGAUUCUAUGUUUUUCUGGGUGGAUGAAGCCACAGGAAAAACAGCCUUUUUAAAAAAAAGUGGUUUGCUACAAAUACACCAUCUCUUCUACAUAUUAGAUGUCAGACUUAACACAAAUCACUUCUUCUUUGUUUACAUCAUUUAAUGCAAUGUGGAAACAGUGGAAUAUAUCAGGGAGACAGCAGUAACUGCUCAUUACUCUUGUCUUGUCUCUUUGAGAACUGGGUAGACAGUACCCACUAGUGUCAUAUCAUGGACUCAUACAGCAUCAUUCUUAUUUUUGAAGUAUACCAGCUCGGGAAAUGAUGAUAUUGCCUUUGUGUUGUACUUACUAAUGGGAAAAUAUAUAUUUCAUACAUACAGUUAUAUGUUUUCAGCAUUACAAGGCUAUACUAUCUGCCUGUAGAUACCUAAUGUAAAGAGUGCACAUUGAAAGUAAUGAAGGAAGGUGCUUUUACAUUCUGCUCGUUGUUACGUGGCCCUAUUUAAAACGUAUUGACUCUUGGUCAUGUCAUUCUUUUCCCCUUUAAAGAUGUCAAAAAGCUUGUGCGUUAGAAUAUGUGUUAUGACAUGCAUUAACAUUGCCAUCCAAAAAAGGUCACAAGGGGGAUUUUUCUCUCUGUUUUUUUCAAUGUUUAAAACUUUACAUGCCAAAUGAUAUUGACUGCAGUGUGUGAUUUGUGUUGAGACUGGUGAGAGGAGAUUCAAAGUUGUGGAACUGCAUCUUUGUUUUUGAUUUUCAAACUUUAAAAAAAAAGAAGAUAUAACAAAUCACUCUCUUUUAUACCAUAAAAGGUAAGCAAUACACACACAUACACACAAAAUGUCAAAGGAUGUCUCACAUCACUAAGAAUGAGUCAUGAUAAAGAGCAACUUUCUCACUUGCACACAUAAACUGUGCCUGUGAGCUCCCACACCCAAAACCUCUGGGCACUAUUUAUACUGAUGAUAUAGCUGUCCUGAAUAUUUCUGUCAUGUCAAGUCUGUUGUGAAUGAUACUUUUUUUAUCUGUGUUGACUAACAGGCUAUGUCUUUGUUUUAUUCUUUUUUUUUUUUGCAUUAAUAUUUUUUUACUCAUACAGCUUUUAUUGUGAUAUAUGUGUUUUGCUGUGUUACAUCACAUAUAAACUGAUGGUUAUUCUUCCAUUCAUUUAUUUCUAUUUGAGUUUGUUGCUGAAUUAAGUUAAGCCUGGUUUUGUCAUCUGUUGGCAACACGCAGCUACUUUUAAUACAUUUAUGUAUAUAUACAUGUAAAUAUUGAGAUGGAUAUGUUGUAUUUUCCUGGUAUGUAUAUACUUGUAUUAACAAAACUUACUGCAGUA